AUGCCCGCCGAGUUGUCUUCCGACCAGCUCCCGUCUCAGCGCUGGGACCGACGCUAUGACAGGAAGCCGAUCUCAACGAACCCUACUAUCGCUGACCUCGACGUUGAACACAAUGAACUCGCGCAAACAUGGAAGUCCUUUAUCCGUCAUUUAUCACCAGACAAUCGCGUCGACUGGGAACACCGCCCCCAGUCCGUAGACGAUGUCAACGCCCUCGUUCGAUCUCUUCAGUCAUUUUGGAAGGCUCGUCCCCGGCAAAGGGUCUAUAGCCAGGCCAGGGUCCUUUCCGAACAAUUUCUCCCCACCCUGAACACCCACGCGACCUUGCUCGCUCGGCUACCCGACGCCAACCUUCAUUAUGCUCCGACCUUCUUUGGGGCUUUACAGUCGGUCUUGAAGGCAUCGUCGCACUAUCCUCGAGUGAUGGCGGGGCUCCUCACGGCUCUCCUGAAUAUCCACAACGCCCUGGACGUCCCCGAGGCCUCCGCCACCCCUUUUACGAUUGAAGCCAUCGCGAAGAUUUAUACCCUGAUCUUUUUCUUUUUGACCGAGUUUAUGGACUGGUAUGUGCGGAGGUCUACCUGCCAAUUGUUGAAGAGCCACAACCAAGAUGUCUACUCGGAAUUCUACCAUUUGGUCAACUGCAUCCAGCGCCAGGCGAAAGCCCUCUCCGAGUCACCUGACGAUAUGGAUGUCGACGAGGAUUUGGAAGCGGCCUAUAGCCCUCGGGCUCUGUGGGAAGACUCGCAGAUGAGUCAAGUCGGUCGUCAAGGGACGGAGCGCCGUAUCGCCGCACAGAAUACAAUUACGCGCCGGUUAAUCUGGGAGAUCCAGCAAGAUGCCGAAGAACGGGCCCGGAUCAAGCAACAAAGGGGCCAGUUGCUAGCGCAGAUGUUGAGAAAUGUGAGCAAGCAACUGCACACCGUGAGCGAGCAGAAUAGUGGGAUUGUCUGUUUGACCACAGCUGCCCCAGAUCUUGUAACCUCUGGCUUUGAAUGGUCCCGAGGUUCUAAGCGACGCCUGGCUCGACUCGAACUUCAAAGUGCCUCCAAGGAGCUUCAAAAUUUCUUCGAUAGUGACGACCAAAUCGCCGACUUCGAUUCCGACGUGGAAGUUAUCGCAGAGGGUAGUGUAGUGACCUCGCUACAGAAAUGGGCUACGAGUCCCAGGUCACAGGCCCUGGCAGUGGGCGGAUCUCAGUCAACCACCUACCCCAGUCCUGUGGCAUUGAUAUCAGCCUGCUACGCAUCUUUUGCCCGACAUGCAUCUCUUCCGGUUGUCGCCCACUUCUGCACUCUUCCUCAAGACGAAGCCCAGGGGAUGACCCCACACCAACAGGGACUCAUAUCUCUCACUUAUAGCUUGAUCCGACAAUUGAUAGAUACCCUUCCGACGGUGGUGGACAGCGACGCAUUAUUGGACCUCAGCGCCGAACGGUUUCGAUUGCUGGAUGGAACUCUUUCUAGCUGGAAAGCAGCUUUGUCCUUAGUCGAUACCCUCCUCCACUUCCUUCCACCCUUGCUGGUUCUCGUCAUCGACGGCAUCGACCGAAUCGAUGAUCCAUCCACGGACACUGCGGUGCGCGAACUCAUCCGGGUCCUACUCACCCACACUCGCCAUCAACCUCAGUCUCUCGAUAGUGAUAGCCCGGCGCAGCCAUUCCUAUUUAAAGUCCUCUUUACCGUGACAGGACGCCCGAGCGCGCUAGUGGAAACGAUGUCCGAGAAUCAACUCGUCCUGAGCGAACCGACUCAAGUGGAUGAGCCCACCACGUCUGACGCUGUCCUCACCUCCGACCUUGGCGCAGUCAUGAUGAAUGCGUGA